UUUCUUAGUGGGGCUGGUUUUAAAAAACUACAACUCCCACAAUGCACCGGGAGGCACUUCCCGUCCAGCGGUUUGUAAACAAAGUAAGGAGAUGGAGGCCGGGAGGAGAUCUCGCACAGCAACAACAACAACACCGUAACAUGGCAGCUGUUUUAAAAGCUCCUUUACUUUUCCGAGUAGAGGGGAGGAGCGCUGAAAUAGUUUGCCGUUCCAGCAUGAUUUAAAAUAUAUAUUUGUGUCCUUCUUUUUCGUUUUAACAACAACACGAGGUUGUGUCACAGACUGUCUGUGUGGCGUGUGUCGGUUUGUCUUCGUCCCCUCUGAACAGACACCUCGACUCCUUCAUCCCCGCCGCUGUGGUUCUUGUAAUUUAAUGGGGAACUGCCUGACAUCUCAAGCCGCGGAUGACCUCUCGUUGCUGAACGAGUCUGACGGGGCGAGCCUGCCCGGGGAACCGCCGCCUCCGCCUCCGCCUUACCAGGAGCAUGUCCCGGUCCUCGUGUAUCACCCGACCCCCAGCCAGACCCGGCUGGCCACGCAGCUGACCGAGGAGGAGCAGGUCCGCAUCGCCCAGCGCAUCGGCCUCAUCCAGCACCUGCCCAGAGGAAUCUUCAACCCCGGCUCCGAGCCCGCCGACAAGAAAGUGAAGGAGUGUGUGAUCUGCAUGCUGGACUUCGAGUUGGGAGACCCCGUGCGGUUCCUGCCCUGUCUGCACAUCUACCACCUGAACUGCAUCGACGACUGGCUCAUGAGGUCCUUCACCUGCCCCUCCUGCAUGGAGCCCGUGGACGCAGCCCUGCUGUCCUCCUACGAGACUAACUGAGGGGGGAGGCAGGGGGCUUCCCCUCCUCUUCCCUCCCCCGCUCCCUCCCUCCACCACGAUGCACUUUCUCAAUGCUGCUUCGGAAUCUGUGACAGAAGAGUCCUGCUUCUUUCACUGCACCACUAAACCAACCCUACUAUAAUUAUUAUGAUGAUGAUGAUGAUGAUGAUGAUGAUGAUGAUGGAGGGUGGUUGUGGUUUGGUUAUUUUCUCAAUGCUGCUUUGACUUUCACCAACGGCCUGAAAUAAUUUAGAUGCUGAUCUAUUUAUGUUGAUUUCUUGUUUUUUGUUUUAAUGGGUUGCACUACUUCUGAAAAUCUUUUUUUUUUUUUUUUUUUCCCUAGUCUGAGCGUGAAACUCAGACUGGCCCUGUAACCCAGUCCUAGGGUUCAGAACUUCAGCUCAUUAUUUGAAUGCUCGGGAGCCAGGAGUUUGAUAUUCAAUGUUUUCUGCCUUACAGCUGCAUGAGCAGCUCCUAAUAAACAACGUACAGACUCAGGUGAGGCUUAUUCACGCUGUGCUGAGAAGUUCUGUCAGUUCAGAUUGACCAGGAGCCCAUUUGUAACUCCUGGUCAUUUCAACAAGGAGAGCUCUGAACCCCAGGACUGGGUGCAGCAGCAGCAGGGCUAGUGUGAGUUUGUAACCCUGCUCAAACUCCUGGCUCCUGAUCAUUUCAAUAUUAAUAAUAAUACUAGACUUCAUUGAGGGGAGCUCUGAACCCCAGGACUGGGUGCAGCAGCAGCAGCAGGGCUAGUGUGAGUUUGUAACCCUGCUCAAACUCCUGGCUCCUGAUCAUUUCAAUAUUAAUAAUAAUAAUAGUAGACUUCAUUGAGGGGAGCUCUGAACCCCAGGACUGGGUGCAGCAGCAGCAGCAGCAGGGCUAGUGUGAGUUUGUAACCCUGCUCAAACUUCUGGCUCCUGAUCACUUCAAUAUUAAUAAUAAUACUAGACUUCAUUGAGGGGAGCUCUGAACCCCAGGACUGGGUGCAGCAGCAGCAGCAGCAGGGCUAGUGUGAGUUUGUAACCCUGCUCAAACUUCUGGCCCCUGAUCACUUCAAUAUUAAUAAUAACACUAGACUUCAUUGAGGGGAGCUCUGAACCGCAGGGCUGGGUGCAGCAGCAGCAGCAGGGCUAGUGUGAGUUUGUAACCCUGCUCAAACUCCUGGCUCCUGAUCAUUUCAAUAUUAAUAAUAAUAGGCCUCGAAUGAAUGGCUAAUUCUGUGUGUUUGAUGACGCAUCUUGGUAAUUUGCAGCAGUGCAAAUGUAUUUUGAUGUGUACCAGGUUAUGAAGAUACCUGUUCAAUGUGAGGCGAUGCAAUAGGCCAGCGCUGUACAACCAGCCCCCAAAGCUUCACAAACGAGACCGAUUUCAAAACACGGCUGUGAGAUCCUCGUUGAUUUACCCGUUCCUCAAAACGAGAUUUACAACGGGGAAUCCCGUUCCUGCACUCGCAGACGAAAAAAAUAAAAAAAAAAACAUAAUGCUUUAUUUAUUUAUGGUGUAUUAUUAAAAUCAUUUUCACGUGGGUAAGGAAACAACUUUUUAAACACCUUUUAAUUUAAAAGGAAAAAAAGAAAGUCGCUGUGGCUGCAGUCGUGGAAUGAACGAUGUGUUUGGAUCGCCAGUGUAUAUAACGAGACGCACACGCAGACGUACACAAACACACACACACGUACAGAGACACGCAGAGACAGACACACACACACGUACGCAGACAGACAGACACGCACACACAUAUUCGUGGGUACUGACUGCGUAGAAGAAUGCUUUGAACAGACAGUCUUCUCCACUCAGUAUAAAGGUAGAUUUUAAUUAGAGACGUGUUUCAUGCCGCUCGUUUCUAUCUAGUCCAGGGCCGGCCCUCCCCGUUCCUGCAGGUUUCCCGGGUCUCUUUAAAUCAUCACUAGCUGCUGGUGUCGACCGCGUAAGAAAACGCCUGGUUGAGUAAUUGAGAACCCGGGCGUGGCGCGCGCGCCAGAAGACCCCGCGGCUCUCCAGGGCCUCAUCUAACAGCUGAAUUUUCGCUUGCUGGUUUAUUUAUUUUCUUGUUGUUUCCUCAGUCUUGGCUUAAUGUGUGUCUGAAUAAAACAGAACCGUUUCCUCCCAAGUCCUCCCACCCCGCAGUCCGAAUCUGUAAAGCAUCAGAGACCCAACGCUGACGAAGAACGAAAAAGACCCAGCCUGUCCGGACCAGACACGAACUCCUGGAGUCAGAACAGCACAGCACUGCAGGGUUUGUCUUCCACCAAGCAGGUUUAAAGAAACACAACAACGGAGCACCUACACAAACUGGACUUCCAACCAGGUCUGCUUGAAUGCAGUGCCGGAGACGGAAAACACGGGGGGCUGCUAAAUAAUAAUAACAUGCUGUGUGUUGGCCAUGUUCAAUUGAAUCGGUUUGCAGAGAAGGAGAACGUGUUUUAAUGAUACACACGUCUGGCUGCUGCUUGCUGUUUUAAUGCAUUUUAUAUAAAGUCAUCACCACUAGCCCUUCACAGCACUGCAUUGCCUUCUGAAAUUAAAGAGACUGUGGAUUUCUGUAGACCGGAUCUGUGAAAUUGUGAGAAACUGUGUCCCCUCUGUCAAACGCAUUUCAGCAUGGGAACACACGCUUUAUAACUACAGAAAUAAAACCAGUCACAAUGAGA